AUGUUCUAUAGAGGGAAAUUUGCCGAUGGUGGUGAUGGGCGUGAAAUGGCUGCAAAACGCCAGCGCACAGUUGAUCCAGGAUCAUCAUUCUAUGGUACUUCCACCGGUUCCAAUUUUAUGUACAAUCCUUCUCCUUAUGGAUAUGUCAGCCAACCUCCUCCGCCUCCACCUUUUCCUGUUGUUAGACUGCGAGGCCUUCCUUUUGAUUGUACUGAAACUGAUGUAGCCGAGUUCUUCCAUGGACUAGACAUAGUUGAUGUUCUUUUUGUUCACAAGGGUGGCAAGUUCACUGGGGAAGGUUUCUGUGUUCUCGGGUAUCCUCUUCAAGUUGACUUUGCUCUUCAAAGAAACAGACAGAAUAUGGGUAGAAGAUAUGUUGAAGUUUUCAGAAGUAAGAGGCAGGAAUACUACAAGGCAAUUGCAAAUGAGGUUUCAGAUGCCCGAGGUGGUUCACCUCGUCGAAGUGCUCCUAGGGCUAAAUCAUAUGAUGAAGGAAAAGAUUCAGCUGAGCACACCGGGGUGUUGCGACUAAGGGGAUUGCCAUUUUCUGCUAGUAAGGAUGACAUAAUGGAAUUCUUCAAGGAUUUUGGGCUGUCAGAGGAUUCUAUUCACAUUGUAAUGAAUUCUGAGGGAAGACCUUCUGGGGAGGCUUAUGUGGAAUUCGCAAACGCAGAAGAUUCAAAAGCAGCAAUGGUAAAGGAUAGGAUGACACUUGGCAGUCGCUACAUUGAGUUAUUUCCUUCAUCACACAGUGAGAUGGAAGAAGCAAUUUCAAGAGGACGGUGA